CGACCUCCGCUGGCGGUUUACGGCAGCUGCCUCUCUGGGAGUGGCAGUAGGAGAAGAAGAAUCUGCCAGCAUGGCGUUUACUCUCUACUCUCUCAUCCAAACCGCUAUUCUCUGCACGAAUGCAGUCGCUGUGCUGCAUGAAGAGAGGUUUCUCAGCAAGAUUGGCUGGGGUGUCGACCAGGGAGUUGGAGGUUUUGGGGAUGAUCCAGGAGUGAAAGCUCAGAUCCUCAACCUCAUCCGCUCAGUCCGGACUGUCAUGAGAGUGCCUUUAAUCAUAGUGAAUUCUGCCUGCAUCGUCCUGUUGCUGCUGUUUGGUUGACCGCUGCCCAGGGAACAACCACACACUCUCACACUCAACGGUUCUUCAUUCAGAGACUUCUGCCAUCGUUGGUCAUCAGACGGCUGGAAAUGUUUUUCUAAAUGCAAAGAGAAGAAAAAAAAAUCAUCUGUGGUGUCAACUUCCUAACAUCAGCACCAACAGGACAAACUUCAUUAACUCUGGUGAAGUUUCAGCACCACACAGGAGGACAGUUCACCUCUGGUUUUGUGCUGCACAGAGAGUUGUAGUUCUCACUUUUCUUAUGUUAUUCUGGACACAUUGAGAUGAAUCUGUUGUGAUGAUUUAAUGAUUUGUGUCGUAUGUUUUGUAUAAAGUUCAGCUCAGCAGUGAAGACUCGACAAGGUGCUCAAAGAUCAUGUUUGGGGAUUUUAAAAUUGUAAAAAGCCGGUCAAUUUAACAGAGAUGUAAAGUGUAAACUUGUGUUAAAUGUUGGAACACACAGAUGAGAAAGGUCCCAGAUUUGCUGGUCUGUUAAGUUAAAGUAAAGAUUGUAUUUGUAAUUUGCCUGUUGGGCCUUUUAGGACAGUGAGUGCAAUUCACAAAAACCAAGAAUAAAAGUUACAGCAAUCUGCUUAUUAAUGUGUAAAAUGAUCCGUUCUGUAUGAUCUCUGAGAAUUAGACUAAAUGUAAAAUGUAAAUUUUAAGCAUUAUUACCAAACCCAACUCAAACCAAUGUCCUUUGUACUAUUUACACAUUGAUACCCUCUCAGACAUCCAGGUGGUAUUUUGUCUUGAAAUAAAUUCAUUUUCAUUAAA